GUACGUCGUUAUUUGUUCACCUUUGUAUCAUAUCUUCUUGGCUCGAAUUUAGGGUGUGGCUUUAUCCCAGGAUGUGAGAAAUGCAACGAUGGACUCAUUUGCAAGAAAUGCAGGACUGUCUUCAUCCCUGUAGAAUACGAAAGGAGCAAAAACACCAUCAUACGAUGCAUUCGCUCUUGUCCCAUGGGCUACAAUAUCACGUCUAGAAAGGGAUAUUCCAAGAUAUGUGUGAGAACAGAGCUUGGUUGUGCUGCAAAACACUGCGACGAUUGUCUCCCCCACAACCCGGUCAGCUGUGCGAACUGCUCAUCGGGAUAUUAUGCACUCCAGAAAAGGAUUAUGGGAGAUGUGAAAUGUGUGAGACAGUGCCCGACUGGCUUCACGUCGACCGUAAAGAAGGAUGGGAAAAAGAUUUGCAAAGACACACAGUCAAAAUGCCAGUCCAAUGUACCCAACUGCGCCAAGUGCCUUGACAGUUUUCGAUGUCGGAAAUGCAGGAAUGACUUGCAUGCCUUUUUUAACAAAUCUGGCAUGGUUUGCGUACGAAACUGCCCGAGAGGCCUUGUCGCCGCAAACUCUAGCUACUUUGGAAAAUACUGCAAGAAAACACUAGUGGAAUGCCAAUCCGUUUUAAACUGUGAGAGAUGUCCUGACAAAAUCAACUGUCGUAGAUGUAAGCCGAGAUAUUUCAGGAUCAAAUUAUCGGCUUUCUCCAACUCGACGUGUGUUUCCACGUGUCCUGCUGGGUUCGCAAGAAAAGGAAGGAGAUGCCAACGGAUUACAGAAGACGGCUGUGGUGACGAAUAUUGUUUGACCUGCAAGGAAGGCUGGUAUCGAGUCAAUUAUAAUAAAAGGCACUGUCAACGCAAGUGUCCCAGAGGUUUCUUUACUCUUGGCGACAAACAAAAAUUCUGUCUCAGAUGCAUAGCCCACUGUGAGGAAUGUGUUAAUGGUUUUGACUGCACCAAGUGUGAGCCAGGAACAUCGAAAAUUGUCCAGGGACUACAUACGACUUGCGUGAAAAGCUGUCCGUUUGGUUACACGAACCAUGGAAACGUGAAAACAGGAAAUGUCUGUUUACUUAAGAGGGUCACGUGACCUAGAUGACGAUGUUUUGUUUCAAAACAUAAAAAGAUGAACAUGCAUUCAUGGGAAGUUCAACGACUGUGAAUAAUGCAGAAUUUGUUUAGAAUACUCAUGUUAUCCGUAAAAACGUUUAAUUAAGAUCUUGGAGUAUAUCCACAGUCAACGUUAAAUUUACUUCUAUGUCGACUGGCUUUCAAGGAACUUUUCAAGGAGCAGUCGAGCCGCCGAUUUAGAGCCAAACCGCAAAGGAUAAGUUGCUUUUACGACAGGUCACUAUAUAGUACAGAAAAGAUGUUGAGGCCACAAACAAAUGAAUGAGACAACAGCUGGGGAGUGAGAAUGGCCAAAACUGAUCGGAUAGAACCACACAGUUGUGUCAUAAACUCGGUUCCUGAAUGGAUGGAACAUUGAUGAUUGAGACUACAACUGAGUACGUCACGCACUGCAGUACUUCUCAUGAUACCAUGCGGAAAAUGCUUUGUCGCAUCAAAUCUGCGUGUGCUGUUUGCUAUAUAGACGCUAGGAAUGAAUUUUCACGCUAGAAUCGGAUGGUAUUGGUUAUACCAUGGCGAUAGAGCGCAGACGUCGUUCGAUUAACAUAAAGGGCUAGCUUAAUCUUUAGAUCAGUCGGGCUUUUCGUGUUUCUUGGAAUCCUCAGUAAUUGUAUACAGAAUAAUAAUUUUAGAAGGUCACUAGAAGCUCUCCCUUAAUAACUGAUGCAUGUAGUCAAGUAAAAUUGAAGGAGAAUGGGCUAAAAAAAUUGCCCACUUCAUGCCUGGUAAAUUUGAAAACGCAACAUGUGUUUGAGGAAGAUCAGGGUAGCAAAGUUACAUAAUCAUUGUGAGCUUCUGCGUCGUUUUCGAAAAGCUCCGUUUUCAAAAUGUUUUCCGUCCACACUAAAACGCAAGGCCGGCGUUUUCAAAUUCCUCCGGUUUCGAAAAGCUCCAUGUCCAGUAGUAUUUAUGUAGUCGGUAGGCUUAACCGCAGAAAUUAAGCUGCGUUUUAAUAUUUCUACGGUGUAUCGUGGCCGGGUCCUUAGUCAUUUAGAAUUUAUUCCUCUUUGUAAACAAGUGAAAGUAAAUUAUCUUUGGAGGAGUUCGUCUGACGUAAAACGAAUUCAAAUUUUGAAUAACGUUUUCCACUUUCUAAAUACUCCUUCGAGAAGAUGAAUAGUCGAAAAGGGAGAGCCGGUGACUAUGUUCUGUUAGAAUCUGUUAACUUCACUCAACAUUUAGUGGGUUCCUAUUGAGAAUUUUUAUAUACUUUUCUAUCGUAUCGGUAGUUACGUAAAAACUGAUGAAAGGGGAAGAUACUAGACAGUAAUUACGGGCAGGGGCUCUGAGGAUGGGAAACACGAUUCUUUGAUCCUUUAAAUAGGUCGCGUUUUCUCCCUUGUUUCCCAUUAAUUUGAUCCCAAACAUUUCCUCCCCAAAAAAGUUCCCUUUAAUAGUAGAGAUAUUCCUUGUUAACUACGGUUAGACCAAAAAAUAUCCCUUGCUCCUUAAAAAUAAAUGCAUAAUGUUCCCUUAUUCCUCCAAAGCCCUGCGAGGUCCUGAAAUGUGCAUGAUAAUUUUUACAACAUAUUCCUCUUUUACGACAUUAUGAUGAUGGCUAAUUCGUUUUCCGCUAUAUGUAGAUCAAGUUAACAAGGAGCAUAAAGUAUAGCUAUAAACUGUAAAGAGCUUGUUGAAAGAUCUUAAUAUAUAAUUUCAGUUUACAUCUAUUGUUUUUGUGUGAUCAUUAAAUUAAAGUUCUUUUAUGUA